AUGUCUCGCGCCACCCAAUCAAGGGCGCAAACAGAAGCAAACGCCAAACUGCUUCGCUCCCUCGUCAAACACCCAGAUAACAAAGUUUGCGCAGACUGCAAGAAGAAUGACCCAAGAUGGGCAUCCUGGAACAUCGGCUGCUUCCUUUGCAUCCGCUGCUCUGGUAUUCAUCGUUCGAUGGGUACUCAUAUUUCCAAAGUGAAAUCGAUCGACUUGGACAUUUGGACAGAACAGCAGAUGGAUUCGGUCCAGAAAUGGGGUAAUCGACGAUGCAACCAGUACUGGGAAGCACACUUGAAGCCUGGUCAUGUCCCUGCUGAUCACAAGAUCGAAAGUUUUAUCAGGAGCAAGUAUGAAAGCAGGAGAUGGGCUAUGGAAGGUCCUCCGCCUAAAGAUCCCAGUACGUUGGAUGGAGAGGGAAAUUCCGCUUCGACAGCACCAACGACGACAAAGCAGGCUGCUCCAGCAGCAGCACCAGUAAAGAAGGCUCCUACCGCCAUCGAUCUUCUGGACGACCCAAGUUCGGCUCGACCUCCCACAUCAGCAUCAGCAACAAAACAAGCCCCAAUAGCCGCAGCUCCAACAGUAGCCGCACCAGCAGCCAAGACAAGCAACGGCGGGGGUGGUGGAGGAGGAAUCUUCGACCUGGACUGGCACGAACCUUCCCCUUCCUCCACCAACGCUACCUCUCCUACCACCUCCACUGCUUCGUCGGGGACGAAGGGAAAGAACGACAUUAUGUCACUCUUUUCCUCUGCUCUUCCCAAACCUGCCGCUGCAACUAACACUCAAAGUGGAGGGUUUGGUGACUUUGGCUCCUUCUCCGCUCCUAUUUCUCCACAGGGUAACGCAGGCUUAACGGGCGCUUUGGGAGGUUUGAACCUGAACAGCACCACCACUCCAAGCAAUGUCGGUGCAGCAAACGCAGGAGGUAACCCUUGGUCGACAACUACUCAAACCACAGGUGGUGGAGGAGGUGGUGGAGGAUUGUUCGAUACUCAAGACGUUUGGGGGAGCAGCUCGAACAAUGCUAGUUCGACAACGGGAGGAGCAGGGUUCGGUGCAACAGGUGGGUCGGUAGCAGCGAAGAAAGAUGAUGCCUUCGCUGACAUCUGGGGUGAUUUUAAGUAG